CACCUCUGGUCUAAUCUUUUAAUGAGCAGGCUUCGCGGAAUGAUUUUGUCAAAAUUAUAGUUUGUUUUUGCUUUUCUUGGUUCGCACAGCCAUAGUUUGAACACCCGCUUUCGACGAUGGUAUCCACAGUUCUAAUCGGACACUUCGGGCGAGCGGUCGCAAAAAAAGAGAAAAUAAUUCCCCACCCGAAUUCGCGAGUCAAUAAUAAAUAAUAAUAAGUCAAACCGCCGGAGUCGAGUCAAUAUUUGGAUAGUAAACUCAUUACCAGAGGGACAGGACUAACAAAGAAAUCGGAGAAGUAGUAAAAGAACUUCAACGUGAUGAAGGGAUUACUGGUUUUGCUAGUGCUCCUGAUUUCCCAACUUGAGAUCCAGGCACAAACUGCUUUAAGCUAUGAACAAGCUCGUCAGGCUGUUCUCACGGCGGAGGAGGAACUCAUGACCGGUGGACACACAUAUCUGAAUAGCCAGGAGGCCAAGGUGGACGAUAUAUUCAUGGAGUACAAGCUCGGGGAGUUGGCCCAAGGAUUCCGAAAUGCGGAACAAAAUGCAGCUGCUUUGCAUUUCUUUAAGGCCAAGCCGCUGAUCGACCGGAGUGCUAUCUUCCGGUUCCUUCAGAAGAUGCCCAAGGGAUCUGUGCUCCAUCUGCACAACACCGCCUCGGUGAGUUCCAAGUGGGUGGUAGACGAUCUGUCGUACAUGCCCGGUUUGCUGCGGUGCACCACAGCCACGGGACGGAGUGUCCUGACAUUUCGGAGGACACCGAAGGACCACAAGUGCCAGUCGCAGUACGUCCGAGUUGCCGAUGAGCGGCGCAACUCCUUGGAUCGCCUGGUCUACGAUCAGAAUUUCGAACGUCUGAUCAACUUGUAUACUCCAGUUCCAGAGCUGGAGUACCCUACCAUUACCCAGGUUUGGGAUCGAUUCCAGGACAUGUUUGACGUUCUCGGCGAUGCCUUAACUUAUUUGCCAGCCUUUCGAUCUUAUCACUGGCAGAUGCUCGAGGAACUAUACAACGAUAAUGUGAUGUACGCCGAGAUACGAACUAGUUGCAAAACGCUUUACGACGCCAGUGGACGUACUUUUCCCCGAGAGCGUACUAUUCGCGAGUUGUACAAUAUAAAUGAGAAGUUCGUGAAGCUGCAUCCCGACUUUCUGGGCUUCAAAGUCAUUAUGGCUGUCUAUCGUGGAUAUGAAAUGGACCAGCUGAAGGAAACCGUAGAGGAGUUUAGGCAGUUGCAUCAAUCUUUGCCCCACUUCUUGGUUGGAUUCGAUUUGGUGGGUCAGGAGGACAAGGGAAAACCACUUUAUAGUCUACUUCCUGCCUUGAGGAACUUGCCGCCAACAUCUCGCCUUUUUCUGCAUGGCGGAGAGACCAAUUGGUUUGGUGCCUCCACCGAUAUCAAUCUGCUGGAUGCCCUGCUGCUCAACACCACUCGCAUUGGCCAUGGUUAUGCUCUGGCCAAGCAUCCGAUCCUCCUAAACGCCGUCAAGUCGCGCCAAAUCGCCGUGGAAGUUAGCCCCAUUUCGAAUCAGGUGCUGCAUUUGGUCUGGGAUCUGCGUAAUCAUCCGGGUGCUCAAUAUCUGGCCCUCGAUGUUCCUGUUGUUAUAUGUAAUGAUGAUCCCGGGUUCUGGAAUGCCAAGGGCCUGAGCUAUGACUUCUACUAUGCCAUUAUGAGUCUCGCGCCAAACAACGCGGGUCUAAGGAUUCUAAAGACUCUGGUCUGGAACUCGGUGAAGUACUCCACGCUGACGGAGGAGGAACAGACUCGGGCCUUUAAGAUCCUGGAGCUUAGUUGGACGCGAUUCAUUGAUAAGGUUCUGCAGGGCAGCGUAUUCUAA